AUGCCCUCGAAGCGUCGGCAACGUCCCGGUCUACUUUCCAGUACUCGACCGCGGACAGUCGCAAAAUCCAACCAUGCUGCUCUAUCAGCCAAGGCUACCCGGACUCUGAUCCGCUCUCACCACCAACUCCUUAAGGCUAAGGCACAGGCUGAGAAAGCAGGAGACGAGGCUCUUGCAAGCAGUAUCAAUGCUCAGAUUGAAGCUCGAGGCGGCUUGGAAAGUUACCAGGUUGCUAGCAAGUUGGGCCAAUCUGGCGAGCGAGGCGGCGAUUCCAGUAAGACUCUGAUAGACUGGAUCAAGCCGCAGCUCAAGGAGUGGAAAUCAACAUUGCCCAAGUUGCGAGUCCUUGAAGUUGGCGCAUUAAGUACGAAGAAUGCCUGCUCCAGAACUCCUUCCCUGGAUGUUUCGCGGAUCGACCUGAACUCUCAAGAGCCAGGUAUCUUGAAGCAAGAUUUCAUGGAACGGCCAUUGCCAUCUACAGAAGAUGAGAGGUUCCACGUCAUCAGUCUUUCAUUGGUGCUCAACUAUGUUCCCGACCCUGUGGGUCGCGGUGAUAUGCUCAGCCGCUGUGUCCAAUUCUUGACAGCUGAAUGUCCCAUUUCACUUCCACCAACUCUCUUCCUUGUACUGCCAGUGGCCUGUGUGGACAACUCACGUUAUCUCACAGAAGAUCGGCUUCUUGCCAUCUUAUCAAGUCUGGGCUUCGAGCUUGCACAGAGCAGGCGUACAAACAAGCUGAUCUAUCAAUUAUGGAACCAUACGGGGCCAGGUUCGCCACAGGCUUUCAAAAAGGAGAUGCUUAAUCCUGGUCAUACACGGAACAAUUUUGCUGUCAUUAUGCGUGAAAGCUGA